AUGUGGCUUCGUAAAAGCAGGUGGAGUUUGAAGAAGUACAAACUUUCUCGAAAUAAAUCUUUUGCGAGUUUUUAUCAAUUUGAAGUAACUGUAGGAACACCAAAAAUAAAGCUCUUCCAAGUGAAGUGUACAUCGAGGUGUCAACCGAUACAUGUGAGUGGAUUUUUUGCCGAUGACAGGUCUCGCAACAGUGAAUGGAAUUCUUAUUUCUUAAAAGCAAUGCUUGAACGAUGUACAAUGCACCACUUAGUAUUUUUAGCUGUCGACGAAUAUUUGAACUUGGUCCAUGUAAAUUGGACCCACUAUCCCCACCGCCUACCCCAUCCCACUGGAAGUAAUAGGCCAGCUGCUGCUAAAGUAGGAAGACUAAGAAUCUUAAUAAUUAGCAAGAAAAAGGAUGUACAUCAACAAAAACAAACAUUACUUUAUUUUCAAUCUCAGUGCUAUAUAAGAGGUAAAAGAAAAAAUAGUACACAGGGAUUGAUGAUGGCUGGAAUAACGAAGUUUAUUAUUUUUGUUUUUAUUUUGUCUGUGUGCUGGACACCAGUAAGCUCAAGAUACUUUGAAGAUUAUGAGGAUGAAGAUAAGGACCUCUCUUACGAUGACAGCGACGAGGGCUAUGAUGAUGAUGAUGACUAUAACAAUGACCGUGAUCUUUUAGAAGACGUGCUAGAAGAAGACUUUGACAAGGAGUGUGAAUAUGGUUCUUGCCUAAGCCAGCGAGAUUACAGCACCAGAAGAGCCAAUAUACCAGUAUUGCAAUGGAAAGUAAACGGACAUAAUACUAACUGGAGAAUAUUAUGUGAAAAUAAACGACUGCGGGACAGUAGACUAUGCAGGAAUAUCGGCAGCUAUGAGGAUCCAGAAUGUUCAAGUGCGCACACUAUGUUUGGAAAAUUCAGAUGUAAAAGCCUUGUAAAUGUGAAGUAGAGAGACGAAGAAUAAGUGUAUUUAAAUAUGAAAGUA